AUGAAAUAUUCCACCGUAAAUAUUUUCAAUUUUAUUUUUUUCAUUUUAACGCAUAAUGUGAAAUCACACAUUUAUAAAACGGGUAAUGUGUGCAUAAUUUCCUUUGUCAAAAUUGGUGGAAAAAAAGUGUGUGUAUUUUUGUGGGUAAAUAAAAAUUGCAUUGUUUAUUUAAGUCGUCACAAACGUGGUUCGUUUUGAGUGACAAAGGAAAUUUCAUUAUUUUGUUUCCAUUGUGUGUGCAAUGCGCUUUGUGCUCCGUUUGUAAUAAAAGGAACGUGAAACGGUUUUGUGUUGAGCGCUUUAAUUCAAAUAUUCAAUUUUACGGGCAAAAAACAUCAAGACGAGAGUGAAAGAAAGAAUCAGCUGUUUUGAGACUCAGUAAAAGAAUCUUUUGAUGUGCAAACUGUCUACUUUUUAGUCCCAUUCAAACGAUUCGACAUAACGCAAUUUUUGACAGCUACUGUACAGGAGUGUGUGUGUGUCUGUGUGGUGGUGCGAAGUAAUUUGCGUUUACAUUUUCCACAUAAACUCACUCAAAUAAGCCAUUGAAAUGGUUGGCAUUAGUGACAGCUAAUCCAGGAAAGAAAAUUUGUCCCGAGGUGUAAGAGAAAACGGGCACGUUAAACGUUUAAGUUCAAUAAACCGUAAUCAAAUUUGAAAACUGAAUAAAAAAAACGAACGAAUAAAAGCUUGAAGAUAAAAAACGGGUUGGAGCCCAAAAAUGGCAUUCAGUCAAUAUACAUCGAAACCUCUGAGUCCAAUCGACGAGGAUAAAUCGACAACCACACAAGUAAUUCGUGAGGUGUACGAAGGAGAUGAGCACGAUACAUUUGAAAAUGAAUUGGAAAAGGCACUCGAGGCUAAAGUCAAAUACAUCAUAAUUGAACCACAACGUUUGGGUGAUGAAACAGCACGAUGGAUUCGCGUCGGAAAUUGUUUGCACAAAACGGCUGUGGUUAGUGGUUUGGCGUCAAUUGUAUGCGGUGCAAUAAUGCCAGAUCGGCCUGUGUUCAGUGCACCAUUGAGUGCAAUUUCAAUUUUUUGUACUGGACUCUAUACAGUUAGCUGGAAUGUUGAUUAUUGUUGUCAAUAUCAGGUUGAGACAGACCCGAAGAAAUUAGAAAAAAUACCCGACUUCCAAAAUUUCUCAUCACCCAUAGCAUUAGUUUAUACGAAAAAUACUCGCACAAAAUACCUACAUCGAUCAGUAACACUAUUAGCAACUGCAUUCUGUGCAUGGACACUUUACGAAGCGUACAAAUAGAACACACUCACAAACAAUACAACAAUUUGAGUUUUGUCAUGUGUUUCAAUUGUGUUGAACAAGUAUUUCCAAAUACCAUCGGAUCGCGAUGUUCAGAUUUUAAUUGUUAACAAUAUCAUUACCUAUUUGAAAUGAAAUUUGGUUACAAAUGCCAUAUUAGCCAACAGCAAAAAAAAAGUUUCAAUACAAAUUUUAUUAAAAACCUUAGGCAAAAACCAAAUUUUAUUAAACAAGAUGUAUUUUGAAAAUAAAAAGAAACCACAUACAGAAAAAAACUAUAUUAAAUUAAUGUUAAGGAUUGUGAAGGUAUACCUUGUGUAUACGUUUGAAGCGAAUAAAAAGAAAAAAAUUAUUUUAAACAUAUAAACACACACAUACACAAAAGUGAAAUGAAAUAAAAGAGAAGUUAUUAUUCUAGAACAGAGGAAACUCUAUCUAGAUACGCCAAUUUAAUGAAAGAGAAAAAAAAUGAAUAAUUAGAAAUGUUUUAAUAAAUUCAAAGACGCUGUAUUAUGUAUAUUAAAAUUCGAUUUGAAUUUUAAACAGGAAUUAAGAAAUUAUGAAACACAAAUAAUAAUCUAGUUUGUUUUAGCUCUUGUUUCGAAUUAUACAAAUUUAAAUUACACACAGGAUUGUUUGAAAUUCGUUAUUUGUUUAAUUUUUCGAUUUGUUUGCACAACAUUUGCUUGCCAGAAUUACCAAGGGAGAAAAAAAAAUUGGGAAGAGAACCCAAAAUAUGCUAGAUAUAAAGAAUAUGAUCAAAGACAAAUACGGGUUUUUAUGUAAACAGAAAAAAUGAGCAACAUUUUGACGUUUUAAUAUUAAUGGAAAUAAAAGAAAAGAAAGUUCAACAGCUAUCUUCAGUCAA